GGGAAGGUCUUAUAUUAUUGGUCUUAUUCUUCUUCUGUUCUACCUUUUUGUGUAGUGUUUAUUAUGUUUUUAAAACUGAGAAUCUUAACAUCCAAAGUCAUGUCUAAACCUAUACAGGACUCGGUGUAUAAAGUGUCAGCUAACAAAAAACGGCCAUCUGCCAGUGGUCUGGAGUUCAUUGGUCCUCUUGUGAGCUCUGUGGAGGAGACCCCAGACCCCAUUAACGCAGUUAUUAAAGGUGAAAUUCCCUCCUGGAUCACUGGCAGCUUCCUAAGAAAUGGACCCGGAAGAUUUGAGUUUGGUGAAAGCAAAUUCAACCACUGGUUUGACGGCAUGGCCUUGAUGCACCGUUUCCACAUUAAAGAUGGUCAGGUGACCUACAGCAGCUGUUUUUUGCGCAGUGACUCUUAUCUGCAAAAUGCAGAGAAGAAUCGAAUUGUGGUUUCUGAAUUUGGCACCCUGGCAACACCUGACCCAUGCAAAAACAUUUUUGCCCGGUUCUUUUCACGUUUUCAGAUUCCAAAGGCGACUGAUAAUGCAGGAGUGAGCUUUGUUAAGUACAAGGGAGAUUUCUAUGUAAGCACAGAAACCAACUUCAUGCGCAGAAUUGACCCUGUGAGCCUGGAAACCAAAGAAAAGGUGGAUUGGUCAGAAUAUAUUGCAAUUAAUGCAGCAACAGCUCAUCCACAUUAUGACCGCGACGGAGCAACUUACAACUUGGGAAACUCACAUGGCCGAAAUGGCUUCUUCUACCAUGUCCUCCGAGUACCGCCAGGUGACGAAAAGAAUGAUGUUGCUGAUCUCUCAGGCGCAGAGAUUCUUUGCUCUAUUCCUGCUUCUGACCCCAUGAAACCAUCAUACUACCACAGUUUCGUCAUGUCAGAGAAUUACAUAGUCUUCAUUGAGCAGCCAAUCAAACUAGAUCUGCUGAAAUUCAUGCUGUACAGAGUUGCUGGAAAGAGCUUUCAUAAAGUCAUGUCCUGGAACCCAGAACUGGAAACCAUUUUCCAUGUGGCAGACAGACACACUGGCCAGCUCAUCAAGACGAAAUACUACAGCAGUGCUAUGUUCACACUGCACCAGAUUAAUGCAUAUGAGGAUAAUGGAUAUUUGAUUAUGGACAUGUGCUGUGGAGAUGAUGGCAAUGUGAUUGGUGACUUCACAAUGGAGAACCUUCAGGCAUCUGGAGAAGAACUUGACAAGUUCUUCAAUUCACUUUGCACAAACUUACCACGGAGAUAUGUACUGCCUCUGGAUGUAAAGGAAGAUGAGCCUAAUGACAACAACCUCAUCAAUUUGCCGUACACAACUGCCACUGCUGUGAAGACUGUAAAUGGGGUGUUCCUGAGCCAUGAAGAUCUCUACAAUGAUGACCUGUUGCAGUAUGGUGGUCUUGAGUUCCCACAGAUUAACUACACUUAUUACAAUACUCGUCCUUAUCGGUACUUCUACGCCUGCGGCUUUGGACACGUAUUUGCUGACUCUCUGCUUAAGAUGGAUUUAGAAGGAAAGAAGCUAAAGGUGUGGCGCCACGCUGGUUUGUUCCCAUCAGAGCCAGUCUUUGUUCCUGCACCUGAUGCUAAGGAUGAGGAUGACGGUGUGGUCAUGUCUGUGGUCAUUACACCAAGAGAGAAAAAGAGCAGUUUCCUCCUUGUCCUUGAUGCCAAGACCUUCACAGAACUCGGGCGAGCAGAAGUUCCAGUGGACAUCCCGUGUGGCACUCAUGGACUCUUCAAUGAUAUGAGCUAAAAA